GCGGGUGCCCUAUUUUGGUUGAGAUCAGCAAUAAAUUGUCAAAACCCUAAGCAUUUGCUCUCUCCAACAUCUCACUAGCAAAUAGCUUGAGGGCAUAUUCAGGAUCGCCUCCGUUCUUCAUCGUCAGCCAUGGGUAUCGAUCUGAAAGCCGGAGGUAAGAGCAAGAAGACCAAGCGUACCGCACCCAAGUCUCAGGAUAUUUAUCUCAAGCUUCUCGUCAAGCUCUACCGAUUCCUUGUCCGAAGGACUGGUAGCAAGUUUAAUGCCGUGAUCUUGAAAAGGUUGUUCAUGAGCAAGGUGAACAAGCCCCCAGUUUCUCUCUCCAAACUUGUUAAAUUCGCCGAGGGAAAGGAGGGAAAGAUUGCUGUUGUUGUUGGUUCCAUCACCAACGAUGUCCGUUUCCAAGAAGAUGUCCCUGCAAUGAAGGUGACAGCUUUGAGGUUUACCGAAAGAGCUAGGGCUAGAAUCGAGAAGGCUGGUGGUGAAUGCUUGACUUUUGAUCAGCUUGCACUCAGAGCCCCUCUUGGACAGAACACUGUUCUUUUGAGAGGUGCAAAGAACUCUCGUGAAGCAGUUAAGCAUUUCGGUGCUCCUGGUGUGCCACAUAGUCAUGCUAAGCCUUAUGUUCGUGCAAAGGGACGUAAGUUUGAGAAGGCUAGAGGAAAGAGGAACAGCAGGGGAUUCAGGGUUUAAGUUGCUGGUUCUUAAUUAUGUACUAGACUGCUCAAAUUUGAAUGUUCUUCAAUCUAUUACAAUGCUUAUUGGUUUUUGUUGCUUUUUAUCUUUCAUUUAGUUUCAAGCAAUGUCAACACUGGAUUUUUGCUUUUGAUCCUCUUGUUAAAGUUUUGGCAUUCAACUCUUAGAUUGUUUCAUGUUUGUUUCUGCUAAGAACUAUUCUUAUGUUUUCUCAGAAUUUUAAUGUUUUUAUAGUCUUACA